CCGCGUAGUUUUCUGUAACACUUCUGUGAAUCAUAAUAGACAAUAAAUAUUUAUUAAAUAACUAGUUAGAACCAGAUUUAAGAUGGUUUUUUGAGAUAAAUUAUUAGCUAUUAAGUUAGUUUAUCCAAAUUGAAAAAUGGCGAAUCAACUGUCGGAGCAAGAUUUCCAGCGUUUACAGGAGAAUCUACUCGAGUUGAAAACUGCUAACUAUACUCUAGCGGAAAAGGAAAGGAGAUCUAAGCAUGGAUUGGGUGAGGCGACUGCAAAGAUCAAAGUUCUGGAAGAAGCGCUAGAGAAAGCAAACCGUACUGUUGAGAGAUCAAAAAAGGCGGCCGAACUUCAACAUCUGACGAAGCAAAAUGAAUUCCUUCAAGAAAAACUUGGCUUCCAGGAUGAGCAAUUUAGAUUACAGAAUCAAACGCUUAUGAAUGAACUUACAACGUUGGUUCGUCGAAACGAGGAGCUUGAAUCCUGCCUUAAAAAUAUGCCUUUAAAGGAAUCAGAAACUGCCUUAAAAGAUUCUGAAAUCAGAAUUCUGUCACUGGAAAAGGAAAACCAAGAGUUAGGAGACAGAUGUGAGAAGUAUCUGAGAAAAAUCUCCGAUCUUCAAGCUGCAAAACAAGCAAAUGUAGACACUGCAGAUGAACAUCAAUCAACUAGAAUAUCCGAGCUGGAAAAAGAAUUGGACAGACUUGAGGAUGUGGAAAUUAAGCUUGAGAGCACUAAGUCUGAGCUAAAUCUUGUGUCAGCUCACAAUACUGAACUGAAGGAGAGAAUUAGUCAGCUUACAGAGAAGGUUGAAAGUCUCAGCUCAGAACUUAGCUCAACCAGUGAGGGGUUGAAGAGAAAGCAUGAAUUAUUCUUGGUCAUUCAACAGGAGAAAGAAAGGAUGCUGACCAACUUCAGUGAGAAAGAGAAGGAACUGCAGACCCAGUAUGGCCAGGAGCUACAGACCAUUACGGAGAGAAAAGACCGUCUGCAGACCCAGUUGAAUCUACUGCAGGAGAACUUUACCGAUCUGAAGGAAACACAUCUCAAAUCAACUCAUGAUUUUGAACAGACAAUAGAGAAUAUGAAGAUUCAGUUAGCUGAGAGUCCCCCUGAAAAGGUCAAAGAGUUAGAAGCUGCAAAAAAUUCUUUAGCCAACGAUCUUACCUCCAUGGCUGAUAAGAUGGAAAAGGAAAUGGAUAGAUCUAGCGGGCUAUUAUCUGAACUAUCCAACUACCAAGGACAGAUGGAAGAACUACACCGACAGAAUGAGGCGAACAACACCUCCCUAGCUAAUAUGGAGGUGGAACUGGGACAAGUCCAGCAGUUAGCGGAAAGUAGGAAAGGGCUGAUCGAUGAUAUGGCGCUUCAGCUUCAAAAGAAAACAGAUGAACUGAGAAACCUGAGCAAAGAAUCAAACUCAAGGGUGUCAAAUUUUACUGCAGUGAGUCAAAGUUUGCUUGCUGUGUGUCAAAGUUUGCUUGCUGGGAGUCCAAGUUUGCUUGCUGGUUGUCCAAGUUUGCUUGUUGGGAGUCAAAGUUUGCUUGCUGGGUGUAAAAGUUUACUUGCUGGGAGUGAAAGUUUGCAUGCUGGGAGUCAAAGUUUGCUUGCUGAGAGUCAAAAACUCAAGAAGAAUCACAAAGUUGAGAUUGAUGAGUUAGAAGAAAAACAUGAGAAGAAUAUCCAGGAUAUAUUCAAUAUCAACCAGGGUAUCUUGAAAGGGUUGGAGACCCAGGUUGAACUAUGCAGUGUACAGAAGGUGGAAUUUGAGGAGAAGAAUAUCAGGCUAGAACAGGAGCUGAAAGAUGCACUGGAGGAGAGAAAAAUUGUAGAAAAGAAAGUUGGGAGAUAA